UGUGGCUCACUGACAAACUUCACAUCGGUAGAUCACCUAAUGGGUGUCUCGGACAGAUUCAAACACCCCCCACUGCCAGAACCUGAGGUUGCUUUCAUAUUUCAACCUAAAGGCAGUGUAGAAAUUGAUAUGAAGAAGAUUAACAAACAGCUGGAAAAGGCCAAAAAAGAUAAUCCAAGCUCAGCCCAGAUUUACAACCAAAUCGCCAACUUUUGGAGGAUCGAGGGUGAUACGUACAAAUCAAUUGAAUGUUUCCGCAGAGCACUCUUCUUGUCUCCAAACAAUUCAGAUGUUUUACUGAAUCUUGCUAGAAUAUUGUUCAAUUUAAAAUAUUACGACGAUGCUUACGAAUUAACGAGAAGGUCGUUAGAAGCCCAAACACCUGAUCAAAAUUCUUGGCUCCAACAUUUUACAUUAGCAGAGAUAUACAGAGUGAGAGGCUUGGUGAAGAAUGCCAUUCAUCAUUUUCACCACUCCUUGGAUCUCCACCCUGGUUUCCAACCGGCACAGAAGCAUUUGAAAGAGAUGGAAUCGUUAAUGAUUGAAUCUCCAAGCAAUGUUACGUUGUACACUGUCUGCAUAAUUUUCCUGCUUGUUCUCGGAGUUUUGUUCUGCAUUGUGCUGUCUCUGGACACGUUCGAUACUGCAAUAGAGAAUAUAAAAACGCAGAGGCAUUUCAACAGAGCAAUGGCAAUGAGAUCGAUAAAACUAGGCAUCAACCCUAAGCUGAUAAAAAUGAGGAAACAGUGUAACUGCUAUUAA